UUAUUUAAGAAAAGAAAUGAAGAUAGACACAUGCUUACCUGGUAGAUAAGUUUAUCAAGAAGUUGGAACAACCGACCCUAAAUAGAAUAAAUGUGUGCACAUGUGUGAUUAUUCUUUUGUCAUAGUUAUUAUUUAGUAUUUAUUAAUAUUGCUGCAAUUUGGCUUUAGUUGUGUAUUUUUUAUUAUUUUUUUCCAUAAUUCGUGAAAAAAAACAUUGCUUUAAAUUCAAAUAUAUAAUUCCGGUCUCUCUCGUAAUUCUCUCAAUAUAUACUGUAUCUAUAUUUUUAGAGAGAAAAUUAUUAUACGCAAAUAAACGUAUGUAUUGUUUCUCAAAAGCUACAGUUUUGAUAUUACAUACACUUCACUGAUAUUAUAUAUGUGUGUAUGUAUAUACAUAUGUAAAUACAACAAAAUUUAUAGAUAUAUGAAUACAUAUCCAUAUGUAUAUAUCGUUAUUUUUUGUAAAAUUUAUAAUAAACUCGGUUGAACACAUUAAUGUGCAUUAAUGUACAUUAAACGUUGUAAAAUACUAAAUGUGUAUAAAAAGGCAUAAAUAUCAUAUAUUAAAGCCAUAUAAUACCCCUUUUGUAUCAUUUUCUUUUUCCAAGUGCUACUUAAUUUACACGUCGCAAUUACAUUUUAUCUAUAACUCUGCGGAGAUUCUACUUUAUUUUCAAGGGAAGAUUCUUCGAAACGCAACUGGUUCUAAAAUCAGAACGAUCGAAGAACCUUGAGAACGAAUUGUGAAAGGUGCAAAACAAGCAUGCAAUUUUGAGGAAGCGUUACGGAAAUAGGGUCGAUCGAUAAAAUGCCAAAAUAUAACGCCGCGUUGCGUGCACGUGUGUUGGUGUAAUAGCGGUCCGCGCGUUAAUGGGAAUUUCGCGUAUAUUUUUCGCGGCGAUGCCGAUAACGUUUACACGCCGAUGAAACGAACGCGUGCACGCGUUUGAGCGAUGGGUUGUAUUCUCGGGUUACAUCGCGACAGUGAUUAUCUCUGUGGGAACGCCGCGCUUGGGUAUCGACGCUAAAAUCCGAACCGCUGCGAAGAGGAUGCCCGCAACUAACAAUGGUAUCGCGUGAUUACGCGUGCAUUCCGCUGCGCGCACUUAUACCUUCAUAUAUAAGGGGAAGAGGAGAGGAGACAGGCGGGGUGUGAUUACGCGAGACUACAUAUGCUGCAUGCCGCUCGAUCGUCCGUGAUAAUCGCCGGUACGGUUUGUUCUCGCGGGUAAGGCGACGACGCAAAGUGUAAAUUCGUGCGGGUGCAAUGAAGGCGGCGAGACGAUUACUUUUCCUGAUGGCAAUCCUGCCUCUCGCAACGCAAGAGGAAGUCACGGAGGGUGCAUGCAGUUGCGCCGUGUUCUCCGUUCCGGAAACAAAAUUGAUAAUAGAACACACACUGCAAUACAAUGUGAGCUGCAAUCAAGAAGGCGCUGAAAAAUGUCGACAAUUAUGUAUCAUAUUAGCUCAAGGUGCUCGGGACAAGGCACCAGCGCUGAUUUGCGAGAAGCUGAACACUCAUGUCGAAAAUCUAAAGGUGGCCGUAUAUAUAAAAUCAUGUAAUAUGGCUCUUUGGACACCCACUAGUUUGGAGAGCACAGAGCCCAUUUGCUGUCACGAAGGGAGGGCAGUUAUUUGUGAUGAGGCGAUGUCGAUAAUAGAGAAUUAACGAGCUCGCGCGUCCAAUUCAUUAUUUCCCGCUUAUUUCCACCGUUAACGGGUGUCUUACUAUUGAUUAUGUAAUAACCUGUCGUGUAAUUAAUACACCAUCUCUCGCUUAUUACGUUAACGUAUUAUACGCGUAUAAUUUCUAUAGUUCGAUAUUCGUAAUUAGUAAUUUUCUUUGAAUUUAUAAGAUCAUUGUAAGAUAUAUACAUACAUACGAAUAAUAAAGUACGCAAACAACACAAUA